AUGGAAUACAUGAAUUCUCUGAAGAACUACAAGAAAUCGGGCGUUCCCAAAGAUGCAGGUACGGAUUUGGAAGACAGCCCGCAUAUUCAAACUAUCAGGGAACAUAUAUCAUUGGGAAGGUUUGGCGAACCAGUAUCAGCAAAGGCAUUGAGUUCUCUUUUCCGUAGGAUUAAAAAGAUUCUUGAUCUUGCAGUGGAAGUCGAAAAUGGGUUUAUGAGUCAUUUUGGGUUGGAGCGCGUAUUUGAAUUCACAAAAUGA